AUGCAAACUAAUUAUGAUGGACAACAAGUGAAAGGAUUCAGCAUAAUUAUGAGAGACCUCCAUAGCAUAGGAUUUAAAUACAUUGGACAACUCACUCAUGCAAUCCUAACCAAAGGUCCUCCGAGUAACACUCCAGCUGGUGAUGAGUUCCGCCGGUUUUGGGGCAAGAAGUCUGAGCUUCGACGUAUUGAUGGUGAUUUAUGUGAAUGUGUUGUCUGGAGCAGUGGUUCUAACGUCUGUAUGCAGAUCGCCGAUUUUGUCCUAGAAAAGAAACUCCAUUUGUCUUCAAAACUGUGGUAUCACAUUCUGCCUGAUCGUCUUGAUCCAUUUAUCAGCUUACAUAAACGCAGUCGCGAAGACAGUUUAGUUACCGCCUCAUCUCUUCGUUUGGUUAGGGCGAUGGAUAAACUCCGAGCAUUAUUACGUGGAUUAAAUACAAAACUCCCGCUUAAUAUCACUGGGAUUUUGCCUUUAUCAUCAGCUUUUCGUGACACAGCAGUUUUCCCUCCUGUAUUAUCCUUUCCUAUGGCUAACCAAUCGUAUAAUGGGAUAUCAAAGUCACACUUCCAAAUGGUUAGAUGGUUAUUGAAAAAUGCGUGUUCCCCUGUGUUCCCACUGUAUGUUAUAAUUCACUUGGAACAAUCUGGAAGAUGGCCAAAUGAUUUAGAUGCGUUUAGACAUAUGAAACGACUGCUAGUGAUUCGUAUGCAUGAAUUGUUAUCACCUAAAGGAAUUCCAUCUCAUGUUACCGUCGACAAUAUGCUGGAUGUAUAUUUACAAGGAUUAGUAUUCAGAGUUGUUAUUUCACAAUCAAAAGAAUUGAAUUUAAUUCAGAAAUCAAGUAAUGCUGAAAUCAAAGCAGAUCAUAAAAAUAAACCACCUUCAGAGAGGACUGGUGACAAUGAUCCAUCAUCUAUUGAAAUGAAUUCUGAAGCUGCAUGUUGGAUUCGUUUAAAUCAAAGUUUACCAACAUUGGCUGGUACACUAAGUGGUGUUUCACGUACUUAUGCACAUGUGUUUCCUACAGCAUGUCGACUAGCUAAACGUUGGUUAUCAGCUCAAGGCUAUCCAGUGAUUUUAUGUCCAUAUGAAUCUGAACUAGACGGUCUUCAUAAUUCAUCAGAUUUUUUUCCACAACCUGAACAAUGUUCUUCAGCAUUAUCUACUUGGUGGUUAAGAGAUAUGACUGUCAACAUCAAUGAUGGACGUAUGACUGAGGUAGCUGUUGAAUUAUUAGUUCUUUAUGCUUCGAAACUGUGUGAUUCUGUGGAUUCCGAGUCAAAUGAAGUUAAUCUUACUUCAAUUGGAUCACCUGUUGCUGUAUUCCUACGAUUUCUUGAUUUGUUGGCUACUCAUGAUUGGGAAAAUGUUCCACUUUUGGUUAAUUUAAACGAAGGAUUUUCUGUGGAUAUCAAUAAACGUCAACAAGCUUUGGAUUCAUUUCAUCGUACACCUCGAUGUAAUUUACCCGCUUUAAUCAUAUGUACUCCGCUUGAUAUAACUGGAACAGAAUGGACUGAAAUAGGACCUAGUCGAGGAGGUUUAAGUGAAUUGAGAUUGCUAGCAGGUCAAUCACGUGAUUUACUAAGAGCUAUGCUUGUUAGUAAUGCUCCAAUUAAAGAUCUGCUGGUCAUUUUUCGUCCAGUCUUUAACAAAACGGAUAUACUACUCGAUAUUGAACCGAAUAUUGUAAAUAUCCGUCGUUCAGAAUCGUUAGGUGGGGUGUUGCUAAAAAAGAAUCUUGCUAUUCUAGAAACUAACAAUGAUAAUGAUUUACCUAUGGAAUUCCCAGACCCUGGAGCUCGUUAUUGGCCACAAGGAUACUGUUAUGAUCCAUUGAAUUGGUUUGUCAAAUUAUUACAAUUACGUCUAGGUAGGUAUUUUGAAAUCCGUUGGGAUCGUCAUGGUGGGAAUUGGAUAGCUUUACGAUGGCGCUCACAUUUUAUUCAAAAGAUUGAUUCAAGUGAUCGAAUUGCAUUAGUCCAAUCAACAAUAUUCAGUUGUGAUUUAUUAGAUGGUUUAACUCAACAUACAGCAGGUGAUCAACUCAUUAAUUCUGAUCUACCUCUUGUGUAUAAUGAUUGUUCAUUGGUGAAAUUAUUAUCUGUAUGGGCUAAGAAAUUUAUGAAAUCACCCAUCAUUUAUCAUAACUUAACAAACAAUAUUAGCAUAAAUAAAAAACGAAAACAUAACAAAUCUCAAAAGAACACAAUGAAAUGUAUGAAACAUAAAAAGAAGAGAAAACUCAUAAAAUAA